AUGUCUUGCCCAACAAUCACGAAGCCAGUCUUUGAACACCAUCACAAUGGCCUAGGUGUAGCGACCUCUAGCCCAAGAAUAUCGUGGCGGUUCAAAAGCAAUGACAAUACCAUCGCUGGCUGGGUUCAGACUUCUUACGAAGUCGAGAUUAUGUUUGCCUCCGACGAAAAGCCCCAGAGCUUCAGGGAGGUCAGCGACCAAUCUGUUCUCGUACCAUGGCCAGCGAGGAAUCUGGCUUCUCGUGAAGCUGCUACGAUUCGAGUGCGGGUCUAUGGGAGGAGUGUGACCAACGAAUCCUAUGCCUCAGAAGUGCCAAGCCCGUGGUCUGAGCAAGCAACCGUGGAAGCUGCCUUGUUGAAGAAGGAAGACUUUCGAGCCAACUUCAUCACAGCCGCCAAGCAAAUAGGCCCUCAUGGCCCUUUGCGACCGAUUCGAUUCCGUAGAGAGUUCGACUUGCCUCAAGGGCUUGAUCUCAGCUCAUCUUCAGCCCGUUUGUACAUCACAUCGCUGGGCGUUUUCGAAGCCUGGGUCAACGGGAAGCCGGUAACAGACGAGUGCAUGGCUCCGGGCUGGACCAGCUACAAGCACCGCCUAGUCUACAGAAUUCUUGACGUGAAGGACCUUUUGAUCAUAGGGGAAAAGAAUACAAUAUGUGUCGAGGUUGCGGAGGGGUGGUACGCUGGACGGCUCGGCUUCAAAGGCGGAAUUCGAUUUCGGUACGGCGACACUAUCGGACUUUUUGCUCAACUGGAAGUUAGAGGACGAAAUGAUGCGCCCUGGAGCCUUCUUUCAGAUAACUCUUGGUCUUGUGCUCCGAGUGCGCUCACCAAAAGCGAGAUAUAUGACGGCGAGGUGUACGAUAUGCGGGAAGAGAAGGGAAAUUGGAAGUCCACCGAAGCGACUGAGGAUACUUCGGAAACGAAGAUUCUGCCCUGGCCCAAAGCAACGCUGGUAGCACCGGACGCGCCACCAGUUAGGGUGGUUGAGACGAAAACAUGUAUCCAAGUCUUCCAGAGCAAGAGUGGGAAAACAAUACUCGACUUUGGCCAAAAUCUUGUUGGAAAGCUUUCCGUCAAAUUUAUUCACCUCCAGAAGGGACAAGUAGUCACUUUCCGCCAUGCCGAAGUGAUGGAGAACGACGAGCUCGGCACCAGGCCCUUGAGAGAUGCCAAGUGCUGCGAUACUAUCAUUGGAUCCGGGGACCCUCUCCAUGAUUGGUCUCCCAAGUUCACUUUCCAUGGCUUCAGAUUUGUGCAAGUCGAUGGAUGGCCAGGCAGCGGUCCGUCCGCAGACGACAUCAAAGCUCUGGUGAUGCACACAGAUAUGAGGCGCAGGGGCUUCUUUGAGUGUUCAAACCCCUAUGUCAACCAACUUCACAAGAACGUGGUCUGGUCUAUGCGGGGCAACUUUCUCUCCAUUCCAACAGACUGCCCUCAACGCGACGAAAGGCUCGGGUGGACCGGAGAUUUGCAGGUGUUCUGUCCGACAGCAACGUUCCUAUACGACACGUUGGGCAUACUGGGAAACUGGCUUGAGGAUGUGGCGGCCGAACAACUGGAAGAGGGGAAAGGAGGCAUCCCGCCCUUGGUUGUUCCUCUGGCCAUCUCACCCAACUGGCCUCACAUUGCCCAGGCUGUCUGGGACGACGUGACUGUCCUCGCCCCUGACGCGCUAUACCAAUAUAGCUCUGACAAGGGGCUGCUUAAGAGGCAGUUUGUCAGCAUGCAAACGUGGCUUGACAAAGGAGUAGACCGAGCUUCUGAUGGUCUUUGGAACCCGGACAAGUGGCAGCUUGCCGACUGGCUUGAUCCGAGCGCACCGCCCGAUGAUCCCGGAAACGGUCGGACUGACAGCAUCCUUGUAGCGAAUGCUUAUUUGGUACACACGACGUUCGUCUUCUCGCGACUCUGUGCGGCGAUCGGAAAGCCUGAUCUGGCUGCCAAGUACGCUACUGAUGGCGAAAGAUUGAAACAGUUAUUCCAGAGGCGUUACAUUACGCCCGAGGGUAACCUCAUGUCGACCUCUCAGACUGGGUUGUCCCUUGCCUUUCAGUUUGGUCUGUAUCCGGACGACGCAUUCCAACGCCAGACUGGCGCAAAGGCUCUCGAAAAGUUGGUACGGACUGCGCGUUUUCGUAUCAGUACGGGCUUCGCGGGGACGCCAGUCAUAUCUCAUGCGCUCACCAAAAUCGGACGCCCGCAACUGGCAUAUCGCAUGCUUCUCGAGACAACAUGCCCUAGUUGGCUGUACCCUGUCGUGUCAAAGGGGGCAACAACGAUAUGGGAGCGAUGGGACAGCAUGCUGCCAGACGGACGAAUCAACCCAGGGCAGAUGACUAGCUUCAACCAUUACGCCCUUGGCGCGGUGGCAGAUUGGCUUCACGGUUCUGUGGGUGGUAUCUCGCCCCAAGAGCCUGGUUGGAGGGUGAUUCGCGUAAAACCUGUUCCAGGUGGCAAUCUUACAAAAGCCACUGUCACUUUUGACGGUCCUUAUGGAAAGGUGGCUUGCGAAUGGGUGCUUGAGGGCAUAAAAUUCAAGAUGAGGCUAGCUGUGCCGCCAAACUGCUCCGCAGUAGUGUUUUUACCUUCACGGUUGCCAAGAUGCUUUGCCGCAGAGACGGACAAACAAAGUCCUGGAGUUUUGGUGCAGUCAGGGCUUCAUGAGUUUGAGGAUACCUUUGACCCGGGCGAGUGGCCGCCUCCACCGUUCGUAGCCGCGAACCAACCUCUGCCCCCUGAUACGUUUGCGGGUUAG